AUGUAUUUCCGCAUCCUCCAAUGCCCCACUGCGCGCGCGCCGACGCCGCCGCAUCCGUAUUACUACUAUCGAGAUACCUCAUCGUCGUCGUCGUCAACACGUGCACCAUUAGAGCUACGGGGUGAGGUGCUAGAGGAAGAGAAGGCACACAUGCCGUACUAUGAGCACCAGUAUAACAAGGAGCGGCAGCGGCAGCAGCAGCAACGGGGGAAGGAGAGGUUGAGGAGCGGGGAGGCGGCGGUGAGGAGGUUGGGGGGGAGAAGAUGGCUGGUUGUGGGGUGGGAGGAGGAUGCGCGGUGGGGGGCUUGA